AUGGCCUCUUUCGAGCCGUCCCUCUCCACGAGCGGCAUGCGGCCUCCGCUCGCAUCCGCUGAAGCCCCAUCCAUGGCCGAUUCUCUCCCCAGUAUCAACUUUGGAUUCGAAGAUCUACGCAGCCGCAUGGCGCAGUUCACGGCCAAAUUCGAUGCCUUCAUUGAACGAGGGAGGAAGCAGGUGUUGGAAGAACGGAACCAAUUUCGUAUCAAUCUCGCAGAACUACAAGAGGACCAGCGGAUGAAGCAAAGGGACAUUGAAAUUCUCACUUUGAAGUCGCAAUCGCAUGCGCAAACUCUACAGAAAGAGGCUGCUGAGGCUGCUGAAAUGCACGCAGCCAUCUCUUCGAUUACAAUGGAACGAGAUGCUCGGCUCGCCAAGCGUGAUCGACUCAAGCAACAGAUCGCCGAGACCCAGAAGGCAAUCAAUCAGAAACUGGAAGCCCAGAAAGCUCAUGCGCGAUAUCUCGAUGCUCAAGCACGGCUCAACGUCCCCGAAUUGGAAUUCUGGCAAGACUAUCUUUGCCUUCGAAUCGAAGGGGCUGGCAGGGAGGAUCGUCUGAAGUUUGUUUAUACCCACCUUCUUGAGAAAGAUUGGGAAAGGGAAGCUUGGUUUGAACUUGGAACAGCUUCUCGCGACUAUGAGAUAUUCCACACGAAACCGAAAUUGGACAGGGCCGCCAUUGACCGCGAAUUGGAGAUUGUCAACGAAGAUCGAGACUUUGGUGCACUCCUAAAGAGAAUGCGCAAACUCUUUGUGGAGGCCAUGAAGUGA